GUUCGGUGGUUGCCAGUCGUUUAACCGAAAACCCGCGUAUCAAAGUGCUGCUGCUGGAGGCUGGCGAAGAUCCGCCUUUAGAAUCUGAGUAUUAAAAGCCAAUUGGGAAGCUAUGAUUCAUAAGUGCAGUGCUAAACCAAAAGAAUAAAUAAUCAUUAAUACAUGUGUACAUAUAUACACAUAUAUACACACAUAUAUACACAUAAACACAGUACUGCACUUCAAUAAAUUUCAAUGUUGCGAAUCGGACGUAGAGAGCUUCUGGAUUCUUCUAUCUGCAACGAUUUGAGAGAUAUUCAGUCUACUCUACCUGGAUAAAAACAGGCAGCUGAAGACAUAAACGUUCUUACUAAACGUUAUUCCGACAGCAUUUGGCAUUCUCGUUUUUUUGAGAUCUUCACACUAAGUUCUACGCUACAUCACAGCCCCUACACCUGGACCGACUUUGGUGAACCGAAUCCGAACUGUUGUCAAGGCAUGCAGCAGCGUCGCUGUUAUUGGCCGCGUGGUAAAAUGAUAGGUGGCUCAAGCUCUAUGAGUGGAAGCAUUUUUUUGCUUGGUAAUAAAGAGGAUUUCGAUCGAUGGCGUCUAUUGGGUUGCGAUAAGUGGUCGUGGGAGGAAAUGAAAUUUUUGUACGAAAAAGCGUUGAAAGCCACGCAGCACGAAGUCGUCGAUAAACCACUUGGUACCGUAGUACUGAACCAGUUUGACCAUCUGGAGGAGCACAAUGAACUUGCGCAACUUGUGCUCAAUGCUAGCAGCGAGCUAGGGUUGCGCUAUAUAUCCGAUUUAUCGGAUGGCACUAUCGUUGGUUAUACAGACGCAAUACCCGCGAAUAUAGAAAAGGGAAGGCGCAUGAGCGUUGCGAAAACGUAUUUGGGGCAAAUAUCACGCACCAGACCUAAUCUACAUGUCAUUAAAAGGGCAAUGGUUACGAAAAUACUCUUUUCUUCAGACAACAGUCGCGCUGUGGGUGUUGAAUUCAUCUUACGAAAUCAUCAUCGCUUAAAAGUUGCCGCUAUGAGCGAGGUGCUUGUGGCGGCAGGCGCCAUAAAUUCGCCAAAAUUACUGUUACAGUCGGGCAUUGGGCCAAGUGAGCAUUUGAAAGCGCUGCGCAUAAAACAAAUCGCAGAUUUGCCUGUAGGCAAUAAUCUGCAUGAUCACGGCAUGCUGCCUUUGAUACUCAAGUUUGGGCGCGAAAUUAACCUGCCACGCAGUAUGGGCGAACCACAAAGCGUUGCCGAUUAUUUUUUGCGCCAAACGGGUCCACUUGCAGCCAGUAUCAGCAUUAUGGGUUUCAUUAACAGCAAUGCGAGCAGCAGCAGUCAGUAUCCCGAUCUGCACUUGGUGUCGCACACGAUUGUACCGGCGGGUACUGCCGACAGCUUCAAAUUUCUGCAGCUUCGCGAUGAAAUAGUCGCUGGGAUUUCACGCGCGGCCGACAAUAAAAGCCUCUUACAAAUCUAUGGAUCGUUACUACGUCCGCUUUCGCGAGGCAAAGUGCGUCUACGCUCGGCCGAUCCUCAAGCGCCGCCGCUCAUAUACAACAACUAUGCCAGCGAGCCCGCUGACCAGCUCACAUUGCUAAGAAAUGUGCGCUUCGUGCAGCGCAUGUGCACCACUGCGGCGUUUAGAAAUUAUGGUUUACAGCUGUUGCAUGUGCCCAUUGAGGAAUGCGAUCGGCUGCCGUACGAUUCAGAUGACUAUUGGUUGUGUUACAUAAAAUACUUGUAUAUCGGUGCUUGGCAUCCGGUGGGCACGUGUCGCAUGGGCGCAUACACCGAUUCGCACGCUGUAGUAGAUCAGCGUCUACGAGUGCGCGGCGUGAACAGAUUGCGUCUGGUUGAUGCGAGCAUAAUGCCAGAAAUAACCAGCGGCAAUACGAAUGGGCCAACAACGCUAAUUGCCGAAAAAGCAGCUGUGAUGAUUGAGGACGACUGGAAGGAGGAACAAACGUGAUAGUUCUCCUUACUCGUGUAUAUACUUGUUUUUGAAGUUUAAGCCAUGUCUUAGU